CCCCAUUACAUCAGUCUUACAAAAUGGGUGGAGGUGAUCACAAGUCCGGGAGAAAGAGUAACGUGUUGCUAGCCGAAGACACUUUCGGCCAGAUCAAAGACGAUAAAGGCCAAGUCAGAACCGUGAAGAGGUUCACAUGGACCAACACGAACAACGUAAGUGUUCAGCUGAUAACUUAUGGGGGUUACAUAACUUCCAUAAAAGUACCAGACAAGCAGGGCAACGUCGAGGAUGUAGUGCUUGGAUUCAAUAACUUAGAAGGGUAUCUGAGUCCCCAAAAUCGCUACUUUGGUGCUACGGUUGGUCGCGUUGCCAAUAGGAUUGGUGGCGCGAAGAUGACCAUCGAAGGGGUGGCGUAUAAAGUCACUGCUAACAACGGAGCUAACCAACUCCAUGGAGGCCUCAAGGGAUUCGAUAAGGUAAUAUGGGAUCACUACGUUAAAGGCAAGAAAGUUGUGUUGAGUUACCAUUCCGCUGAUUUGGAAGAAGGUCAUCCUGGUGACGUUUUGGCGACUGUAACCUUCGAGCUGACUGAGGAUAACGAUAUUGUGAUAGACUAUUCUGCCACCACCACGAAACCAACGUGUGUGAAUUUAACAAACCAUUCAUACUUCAACUUGGCUGGGAACGGAAAGGGGGCAGCUGGUUUGUACGAGCACGUGGUUUCUAUUAACUCUGAUAGCAUCACCGAAAAUAAUGCAGGAAUUCCAACGGGUAAGAUCCUCUCGGUCGCCAAUACGGUCUUCGACUUCCGCAUACCAAAGCGUCUUGGUGACGUGAUAAACAAGCUUCCAAACGCAGCAGGAUACGACAAUAAUUUCUGCAUCAUUAGAGGAUCAGAACAAGGAAAUGCAUUCGUUGCCAAGGUAGACCAUCCUUCCAGUGGAAGAACUUUGGAGGUUUAUAGCAAUCAACCGGGAGUUCAGUUCUAUACUGGUAACGCCUUACCCGAAGACACUUCCGCUACAGGAAAGGAUGGGUACAUCCAGAAGCACGGAGCAUUUUGCUUGGAAACCCAAAUUUACCCAGAUGCUAUCAAUCACAAAAAUUUUCCACAGGUUGUAUUGUAUCCAGGACAAACUUAUCACCAUACAUGCACGUACAAAUUCAUCAUAAAUAAAUGAACAAAAUGAAACAAAGAUAACAUUUUUAAUUUUAGUUAUCAACCGAUUAAGUACACAUAUUUUCAAUAAACAUUAGAUUAAGCACUAAUAACGUUCACAAACAAAGUUUGUAAUAGUACAUAAUCACAAUCACAUUGUUAUCGUCCUACGUCAGAAUGUAAAAUGUUAUCAGCUAAUAAACACGAUAAACACUAUAA